AUGGCAGGUCUAACAAAGACUCUUUGGUAUCAUAUGUGGGUCAAGGGUGGCAAACAUAAGAAGACACUACUCCCAGAAGGCACAGCAUUGGGAAUGCCCAUCUGGUAUGCUUGGCUGCCCAAGCAGGUGGGGUACCCUGCUGGAGGGAGUCUGACCUCCAAUGAGUGGAAAUGCUUGUUGAUUCUUUAUGGGCCAGCGACAAUUCCUUAUGUGCUUUGGAAGGGUGGACACCAUGAAGCUGCAUGGAACUACCUGAAGCUAGCAGCUGCCAUGAAGAUAUUCAUGAGGCAGGAGGUGACAGAAGAUGACCUGGAGCAGGCAAGUGAGCUGUAUCAACAAUUCUAUCAGGAAUACGCCCAGAUCUAUGGGACAGAUAACAUAACCCCUACUUUCCACUGGGUUACCCACAUGGCAGCCCAAGUUCAAUGUUUUGGGCCUGUGCGCAAUUUUCAGAUGUUCUUGUAUGAACAUCUGAACAAAGUGCUGAAGAGUGUACCCUCCAACAGGCAUAAACAGGGCAUCUUGGAGGUUUCUUUUGCCUAUUCUUUCAAGCACAAAAUGAGCCUCACCCAUUUGCAUACCCUCCUGGCCACUCAGCAUGAAGAUCCCCUUGCUUGGCUGCUCACUGUCAAACUGCAGCACUCAACAACCUGGGGCCUAGUGCAGAGUGGUACACUGGCAGUGCUUGUGGCAGAAGCACAGGACCAAGCCCAGGCUUGGCUGAGCCAUCCACUACCUGGUGGCAACUCCAAGAACAUGAAUCUACUGCAUGAUAUUCAGGAAUGCCUCUUAGACUGGUACCGGUGCCACCAACCCAAUGUGCCCAUCCACCACCCAGGGGAUCCAACAGCCCCUUGGCACACAAACUUUCUUAACCACAAGGCAGUGAGUUACUCCGAGCUGUGCUUUGAAGGCAAGUGCAUUAUGGUGACCCUGGAGAAGAAGAGCUUCAAAGGUGAUUCACUAGUGCUCUUGAAGUUCCAACCUGGAACACAAUGGGUAGGCAAGGUGCAUGGCUUAUUUUGA